UUUAACAUCUUUAAUCAAUAAGCACAACUAGUACUUUAUUUUGGGAAUCAAGCAGAAUGGCUCGACGGGUGCAGGAUAUACCCAUUAGACCUCGUUACGGUUUACCAGAUGGGCCAGAGGGCGAUGAAGGUACUUCCGAAACGACAAGAACCCGCAAAGCAUCAAAUUCCGAUGUAUCAUCAUACAAGGAGAUUCCAUUUUUGGCCCAGUAUGCCGGGCCAGUACCAGAUAGCGUAUUGAAUGACUUGACACCGACAGCUCCCAUUCCAUCGCGAGAUGAAAGUGUUGAGGAUGAGGAGGACGAGGAUGAGAACUCCAAAAGUAGUUCUUGCGAUAACAGCAAUAAAACACCAAAACGACCCCAAAGCCUUCUAAGUGAUGCUAUCCCAUACGAGUUAGAAGGUACAGAAAAUUCUGAAGGCCAAAUGCGGCACUUUGUUGCUGAAAAUCUGGAAGAGAAAUUGAGACUAGCUAGUCCUCAAGCUAGUGAGGAUCAAUUUGAUUUUCCCCCAACAACAUCUCAUCAGAGUACACCAUGUGCAGCAACUGGGGAAGUAAUUAGCGGUAGUGGCAUGACAAGCCAAUUUUUCCAAACGCCCAUCAUUCCACAAAUUGAUGCCAACGUUCUUAAUGAUAUAGAAAUCGAAGCCCAAUAUUUGGCUGCUUCGGUAGAUAAUCUUACUGAAAAUUUGUGCAAUUUAUUGCAUUCCAUAUCGUCCAUAACUGCCGACAAUGUUGAAGUUCAUAAAAAUGCUGUGAAUAAAUUAACCGACAGCAUGGACGCCAAUAUAAAAUGCAUGUACACAAUUAUGGCGAAAACAGAGGAAAUUUCAAAAUCGAUGCAACCCACAGAACAACUUGGAGUGCGAAUCCGUGAAAUCAAGCGCUUGGUAGAUAUGCUUGACAGCACCGUAUAGAAACAGGCGAACGAUCAACCAUAUGUUGCUCCCCUGUGUCCGUUGGUUUAAUAAUGGUGGCAUCAACAGUACUGGGACAAAUGUCUUGUCGAUAUGUCGCUGUAGAUAUAUAUUUAUAUAUCAAGUUCCGUGAUCUUGUUGUAGUAAAUAAUUUAUUUAUUAAAGUUCGUUUGUGUUAGCUAUA